GAGCGGCGCUUCCUGGACUCGCCCAGCUCCAGUUCAGCGACGCAUCUGCGAGAAAGUGCCGCGUCUGGUUCGUGACUGGUAAAGGAGGCGCGCGGCAGCGGCCCCGCCCUCCCGCCUGUGGGCGUGGUGAGAGUUGGAAAACAAAGUGUGACACUUCCUCGCCGCAUCAGUCGAGUCCACCCUCCGCUCCGCUCCGCUCUCCGGGCGCCGCCGCCGCUGACCCACAUCCCGGAGGUCGUUGGAGCUCUGCCGUCUCACCGAGGAGUGGCUCUUCGUCGGAUGGGGGGACCCGGGACGGAAGCGCCGGCGGCUCUUUAACCUGCUGCAGCAACCGUCAUGAGCCAGUGAGGAAGAGGAGGAGGAGACACGAUGAGCGGCGGAGAGGUCGUCCUGCAGGGCUGGCUGAGGAAGUCGCCGCCGGAGAAGAAGCUCCGCAGAUAUGCCUGGAAGAAGCGCUGGUUCAUCCUCCGCAGCGGCCGCAUGAGCGGCGACCCCGACGUCCUGGAGUACUACAAGAACGACCACUCCAAGAAGCCCAUCCGGGUCAUCGACCUGCACUGCUGCGAGCAGGUGGACGCCGGGCUGACCUUCAAGAGGAAGGAGUUCCAGGACAGCUUCGUCUUCGACAUCAAGACCUCCGACCGGACCUUCUACCUGGUGGCCGAGACGGAGGUGGAGAUGAACAAGUGGGUUCGCUCCAUCUGCCAGCUGUGUGGCUUCAACCAGUCGGACGACAACAGCGACGGACGGCUGCAACAGCUGCCGCGCUCGGUCGGCGCCGACGUGGGCGGCUCGCUGAGCGCCGACAGGAAGUCGGCCGGACCCGUCCACUCCAGCCAGCCGGUCCUCUUCACCUUCGAUGUGCCGGUGCGACACGCCCACCACAGCUCGCUGCCCCACAGCGCCCCCCAGGACUACCUCCUCCUCCACCAGUGCAUGAGCAGGAAGACGGAGGGCGCACGGAGUGCCAGCUUCUCCCAGGCCUCCCGCAGUAACCUGCUCCUCGGCAGCGACUCGGCGGCCCAGAAACUCUCUCACGGCUUCUCGCACUGUCUGAACGGGAUGGGGGCGCAGCUGCACGGCUUCUACAGCCUGCCCAAGCCCGGGAAGCACCCGGCGGCGUCCAGCGAGGACUCGCUCCCGGAGGCCUGCUACGUCUUCCCCCGGGGCUACAGCUCCGAGGCGUCGGCCCACAGCGAGACCGAGCUGGAGAGCGAGGAGGUCUACACCUUCCAGACGCCCUGCAACGCCCUCGCCGCCGCCGACAACUACGACCUGCCCACGCCGCCCGGAUCCUUCUACCAAAUCCCCCGUGCCUUCGACAGCAACCACAACGCCUUGACCCCGUCCAGCUCCGAGUCCUCCUGCGCCCCCCCGCCUCGGCCGCCCAAGCCCAGCCAGGGCUCGGAGAGUCAGUGGGGAAGUCCUCAGUCCGUGGGCAGCCAGAACGGAGACACCACGUCCGCCGCGUCGGUCAUCCCGCGCAGGAACACGCUGCCGGCCGUGGAGAACAUCCGGCUGCACCGAGGCUCGUCUUUCGAGACCAACAGUCAGCACCGCCCGGUCCUCUUCAACAGCUCGGGUCAGUCGGUGGAGUCGGUCAACGACGGCUUCAGCUCGUAUCUGAGGACCAGAACCCCCCUGACCCGCUCCGACAGCGGAAACUCAGACGACAACUACGUUCCCAUGAACCCCGGCUCCUCGCCGCUCAGCGCGGCGCUGGCCGACAGCCCCAAGAACGUCUACAUCCCCAUGAGCCCCGGCCCGGCCCACUUCGACUUCCCGGGGUUCUCCGCCACCUUGCCGUCCCGCAAGGGCAGCAGCGCCUCAGCGAGCCAGCGACCUGGCCGGCUCAGCGAGGUCACGCCGCCGCCCAUCAACCGCAACCUCAAACCCAACAGGAAGUCCAAACCCACUCCUCUGGACCUGAAGAGCAACGGCUUCAUCGACGAGCUGCCGUUCAAGAGCCCGGUCACCCUGUCCUGGACCCGACCCAUGUCGGCCAUGAACUCCAUGACCUCGGGUCGACCCGUCUCCACUCAGAGCAUCACCAGCACCGACUCUGCAGAGAGCGAGGAGAACUACGUGGCCAUGAACCCGGCGUCCACCUCGCCCGCCAUGAGCGGCACCAGCAGCCCGGCGCUCCGGAAGAGCGGGAACGUGGACUAUCUGGCGCUGGACUUUCAGCCCGGCUCGCCCGGCCCGCACCGAAAGCCAUCCACCUCGUCCGUGGCGUCGGACGAGAAGGUGGACUACGUGCAGGUGGACAAGGAGAAGACCCAGGCGCUGCAGAGCACCAUGCAGGAGUGGACCGACGUCCGGCAGUCGGCCGAGCCGGCCAAAGCGGUCAAGUCCUGACCUGAAGCUGGGUUCAGGUCAGGACUUCAGGCCACUUCCAGUUUCGGCUGCUCUGAGUGACCUUCUGACCUCUGAUGGACCUGGUUCUGACCUGUCACCUCUCACUACGACUGAAAACUCCCUGACCAAGGUGACUUCAGGGUGUCGCUCCGCAGACCACGCCCCCCUGCGCUCACUCAGAACCUGACCUUCACGAACCUCCAUUUCUACCAUCAACCACAAACCUUAGUGCCGAGCCUGAGGUUCUCCUGUGGAGCCCGACCACAGCCGUCGGCCAAUGCGACGUGAGCUUCGACCGAGCGUCAGUCGUGCUGCUCGGGUUGACGGUUCAACUCCCAGCAGACCACCGAGUGGUGACCACCACGCGAGUCACUUCAUUCUCAGGAAGCGUGACUGAGCGCUGGAUCCCGAGUCACGUCCGUGGUUCUGGUGACGCGUGAAGUGAAGACCUCAGUGCUGUUGUCCAGCUAGCAUGGCGCGACCUUCACUGCACGUGAGACUUUCCUCUUCCAACGUUGCUGGUACUGAUGUGUAGUAGUUCGGCGACGAGGUGAGACGUCGUCGUGCGUGUGACUGACGACUUUAUCCGACUUCCUAGUGGAGCCAGCGUGGAGGAGUCGACCUUCCCGAACCGUUCCGAACCACUCCCUGUAGAACGCCCCAAGUGCCCUGGAAGCGCUCGUCUCUCCAGUCCUGGCACGCGCUUCCUUUUCUUCUGCUCGCGUGGCUUCUGUCCCAGCUAGCUGGGCGACAGGCGGGGGCCAACUCAGGUUUGGUCUCAUGACUCCAGGUUUCUUUGCCUUGCGUUGCCGUUUUGUGCCGCUGAGGAAAUCCUCCCACGGCUUGAGGAGUGGAGCCGGGUCCAGUAUUUCAGUGUGGGCUGGAACCACCUCAGACCCUGAUGCUGCGCUCAUGGUCUCUGAGAAUCACCGUCCUGAUUUUUCUACCAUUUUUAAGGCUUUUUAUAUUUUCUUAUGAUUUUUUUUUUUUUAGGUUGAGACUCGUGAGCAGAGGAGUCAGGUCCCGAGUCACUCGGUGACGCCCUCCUGAGCUCCAUGUAACCACUGCUACUGCUGUGAAGCCGCUUGUGUGUUAACUUAUUAAUUUAUUGUGUGUGGAGGUUUGCAAACCAAGUCUGUGAAGCCAUAUAAGACGGAGGCGAGAGAAUAAAGCUGAGCUGCAAACUCUUGUUGGAGUCUUUCAUCUGCAACUCACCUCCUGCACCGGAGGUGGGUUCAGGUUCCUCCAGUGUAGGAGAGUGUGCUGUGUGUGGACGGACCAUCGGUGGGAGCACACACUUGAGCGCGUCGGUCAGGACACAGAGCAGACCGUAUUCAAGUUCAGUAUUGAUAUGAAUUUGAGGAGUAUGUUAUCAAGAACCUAAAUCGUGAUGAAGCUUCCUGAAGCACUGAGGCGUUUAGAGGACUUGGUUCACUCGCGCUCUGGCUCCACCAAGUGGACAUUAUAAGAUUCUGCAAGCAGGAAGUCCAGUUGCCCAAAGCUUCCAGUAGGAUUGUCAUCAACAAUCGAGGGUUUUCACGGCGCGUCGUCACCGCGUCAUCCAACCCGGAAGCCGCCAGGUUGGAGGUCCUCUUUGUAAACAUCCCCAUAGACUGUGAACGGAGUGCGAUGGAAAAAUGCAAAAAAAAAAAAAAAAACAAGAAAGGCUCGUCGAAACGGGUUGGGAGUGACGUGACACAGAGAGGGACUUAACAGGAAAAUGUGCGACACUUGGAAGAGUUGAGCUUCAAUAGUGGUGCAGAGCCGUAAGAGUUGGCUCCGUCGUGGUGGGUGGACGACGACCCGGACACUCUGCCGUCGGUGACGUAUCCUGAUAUCGUCAGUGACCUGUUUCUUCACCUAUUCCAUCCACCGCCGAGGAGCUGAACUGUCACCGGAGUUCGGAGGCGUGUAGCCACAUGGUGUGCGGAUGGGUCAGGGAACUGUUAUACCGAGUCAUCGACACAUUUGCACCUUAUAUGAGAAUGUGAUUUAAAUAUUUUGAGGUUCCAUUUUGAGUGUGUGUGUGAGAGAGAAAUAGCUUUUUAAGGGAACGUUCUGAAAACUGUGGGUUGGCAUCAAUAAACAUGUUCUGUGUGUUCUCUUCCACACCAAUACAAUGAAAAUUAAGUCAUUUAGGCUAUACUUUUCCUUUUUUAAUGAGCACAAUAUUCGGAUGUGAUCCACUGUUUUGCCACCAAGGUCCUGGUUCAGCUUUGCGAACCACAAGUGCCUCCUUUCUUCUGACAACUUCUGGCAUUGUUCUCUUUCAUUUGUCAUGACUUUCAGAAGUCGAUACAAUUCCAAAUGUUUUUCACGAUCGGAACGAUUCGUACAACCCAAAAC